CUUAUUUAUAGCAGCACUCACAUCUCAGUUUAUAGCCAAACGAGAUGCAGUUGCAAACUAAGGGUCGCUGAGGCUGUCUUUGCCUGCAUUUGCCCCUGCACCUGUUCUCCUAUGUUUUGGCUGGAGAGACUAUUCAUCAAGGCUGAUUAGGCCAUCAGGUGCAGUGACAAUUGCAAGCUAAGUCAACUUUGUUUAUUCUGCUCUUCACUCAUCCGUUGUAUCACGUGCUCGUGGCCACACAGUAGAUAAACCGAUAAACAAAAGCUAAAACUCCAAGUCUGAGGGAGAGAGCUGUAGGUUGCUAUAACAGAUACUUAAGUAGUUUCCGAUAAUUGUUAUAUGUAUGCAAUGUUUUGCAGGCUGAACGUGUGCGUAUGGUUUCAGACAUAUAGGUUAAGCUUCAGAUGGGAAUAAACUUGUAACUGGUAUUACUUAAGUCGCAGGAUCAGAAGGCAAAUUACCUCCAGAAUACAAAGAAGCCGAGUGCUGUUUGUUAUUAGAAACACUGACAGGAAUGCGCGUGGUUGAUGUUAAUGCAAGGAAUAUGAAAAAGAAUCUGGUGGAUAAGGCGGAGGCCAGACCUGUUUUAGGCUGCGAAAGAAAGGCUAAGAAAGUAGUGAACCCAAAGCUGAUAGAGCAAAAACAUUGUCCAAAGGUUGGACGUUCAAUUUUAUCUGAUGUCCCAGCACUGGCAUUAAAAUGUCUCGAGGAGUUGAGGUUGAUCCUGAGAAACGCCCCUCUUGUCGAAGUUAAAAAUGUAACAAUUUAUAUUUAACUGUAGAUAUGCAUAAUUUGAUUGUGAAUAGUACCGAAUAUCUUAUCUAAACAUUGUUGAAGUAGUCUUGCACUGCUGUCCUUGGUAUCUAUCACUAUCACUGGGUUGUUAUUUAUAAUUUGUAUUCCUCCUUAUAACUGAAAUAAAUGAAAGCCAGGUCUACAAUUAUUGACUUUGACAAAUGAACCUACAACUGAGUCAAUGCCGUUACUGAUAUGGGAUACUGCAGUGAAGGUGCAGUUUUGACAAAUAAUGCUCUGACGCCUUAAGAUUUUAGAUGAGUUAAGCUCGUUUUAGAUGAGGCUUCCCGUUUAUAAGCAAAAAGACCUAUACAUUUUUAUUUAGGCUUGAUUUUAUGUCCAAACCUUUGAUUUCAUAGUCAAUCAACACUACAAAGAAAACAUGUCUCUUGCUCACCAGUGGAUUCAUACUAUUUUACUUAUAUUGCUUCUCCACUAUCCAAUUUUCACCGCGGCUAUAACAUCCCCUGUUGAUGACAGGAUUAACAUCUUAAAGAAAGAGAAGCGAGUUUUUGGUUGUGAUAAUGUAACUUUGAUGAUAGUUGUGAUCGUUAUAUUGAAUAUCAUUGUCUAUAAGCUCUGUGAACGUUAUGAGGCCAAGUAUAGUGGAAGAGACCAGAUGAUUUUGUGGCCAGGGCAUAUAUGUCGUCGCUUUUCACUUGCUGAGAUUUUGUGUGCUACACACAACUUUGAUGAUAAGUGUCUGACUGGAAAGGGAGGCUCUGCCAAAGUCUACAAAGGAAUUCUUGAUAACGGAGCGACUACUGUUGCUAUAAAGAGACUGAAUUUUACAUCCAAACAAGCUGGACGAGCCGUGUUCUGGACAGAAAUUGAGAUGCUUUCUAAGUUUAGACACGGCCACUUAGUGUCCCUUGUUGGUUAUUGUGAUGAGUGGCAUGAAAUGAUCCUCGUGUUUGAGUAUGUUCCGGGUGGUACUCUAUCUGAUCAUCUGCAUAAAGCUUUUGAGAAAGGUUACUACACCUUGUCGUGGAUUCAGCGCUUAAGGAUUUGUAUUGGAGCUGCACAGGGAUUGGACUAUCUCCACACGGGUACAGGUAUUCAUCAAAGAGUAAUACACCGUGAUGUGAAGAGUACUAAUAUUUUGUUGGACGACAAAUUGGAAGCUAAAAUUGCAGAUUUUGGGAUUUCCAAGAUUGUGGCAGCAAAUCAGGGAUGCACAUAUAUCAGUACGGCUGUCAGGGGGACGUUCGGGUAUAUGGAUCCAGCAUAUUUUUCGACUGGCAGGUUGACCAGGAAAUCAGAUGUGUAUGCCUUUGGAGUUGUGCUGUUUGAGGUUUUGUGUGGUAGAAGAGCAGUGGAUUUAAGCCGGGAUGAUGAGCAAUCGGGUUUAGCUGGCUGGAUGGGCACAAAAGUGUAUUAAAGAGGGAAGAAUAAUUGAGAUCAUUGAUUCUAAUUUGAAUAUGCAAAUCUCAAGAAGUUCUUUGUUGGCUUUUGUGAAUAUUGCAUGCCAAUGCUUAAAUAGCCAGCCUAGUUGCCGCCCCACAAUGGCUGAAAUUGUGGUAGUUCUUGAGUUUGCGUUGGCAUUGCAACAGAGGCCAGAUGAUCUUAAAGGAUUUGAGGGGACAAACGCUGAUUAUGGUGCAAAAUAUUCCACAGCUGUGGAGAUGGUAUAUGGUGCGGAUCAAAACAAGG